GUUUAUGAAAUGACCGAGAGAAGACUUCCAUUACUCAAAGAACAGUUCAGUAUGAAAUAACAAUCGGUGACAUGCAUUUGUGAAACACAUGAAUCAAUAACUAUGGAUGACCCACGAAUCGAAUGGAUUCGGAAUCGAGUGCACCAAUCACUUGAUAUCAGUGAAGUAGAAGUUUUCGAAGAAUUGUUGGAACGGGAUGAUGGUGAAAUAGAAAGACAACUUGGAAAAUUCUUGAAUGACACCCCAGAUGACAAUGAGUCCUCGAUUUUGUUUUACAAGAUUGUUCGUGAGGAAGAGGAGGAAGUUGAAGUCGAAUGCGAGCCAGAGAUACCUGACAUUCAGCAGGAGGAGGAAGGUGCUGAGGGAGAGGGGGAUGCUGCUGCUGGGGAGGACGAUCCUGCAGCAGAACAAGCCCUUCCAGUCUCCACCCCCACAGGCACAGAGAGGGAGGAGGAAACACCCAGCAGGAAAGGCAAGAAGAAACGUAAAGGCAAAGAAACGCCCUCAUCAGAGUUGGAGUCUGACACUCCUCGAGAAUCCGAGCCUGAAACUAAGCCUGAGGCUGACCCUGCUGCAGAGGAAGGACAGGGAGAAGAUGGAGAAGAACUUGAAGUUGUUCAGAGAACGAAGAUCAUCAUUCAGAAGGUGUUGAGGACGUAUCUGUACAUGUGCUACCAACACCUACCAGAGGAAGUUGCUGACCAAGACAGCGUCUACUUCCUGCGUAACACCACCGGCAUGGUGCCGCUUCCAAACACACUGGAUGAAGCCAAUGAAAUGCUGCCGGGAUACUUUGAGUUUGGUCUUCUCAAUGGUCACUCACUGGUCAUGUUGGAGCAAAUCAUCACACAGGUUUACAUGCCUCUUCUGUCUUACAACCAACACAAAAAUGGUGAUGGUCGGUUAGGGACUAAGAUGUCUGACCAGAGGUCAAUGAGUCGGCAGGACACUGAGGUGAGCCUGUCAGAUGGUGGUGACGAGGAAAAGGAUGAAAAAGAGGUCAACGUUGCUGAAACACGAGCUCGGGCACUUCUGCGAGACGAGUUCCUGAUAUCCAUGCAAAAAUUUGCUUCCAGCAUCAGUCGCACUUUACAACAGAUUGAAGGGGAGGUGCGCCUCGAGGUACCCGAAGUUGUGAUCCCGGAGAGUAUUGAGGAAAUCACCAGCAAUCAGGAACUGUUACAACUUGUUCAGGAUAAAUGCAAUGAAUGGGCUAAGCAAGUUCAAACAGCCCUGGAACACCAACUGAAGAAAGUCCCUCUUGGGAAAGGUCCUCUUGCGGAGAUCGACUUCUGGCGAGAACGAAAUGCAGCUCUUAGUGCCUUGACCGAACAGCUGAAAAUUCCGACAGUUCGUCAAAUGUUGGACAUGUACCUUCAGAUUGAUCUAGAUUUUGAGGACCCAAGGACAGGGUUGAACAAGUAUUAUGUGGAAGCGAAAGACAAUGUUCGGUUCCUGUCCACACUUGAAAGACAUUUCAAGAAUAUUGCUCAUGGUGCUACAUUCCAGAUAGUUAUUGAGACGAUUCCGUCCAUGAUGAAUGCUUUACGGAUGGUGUGGAUCAUCUCACGCCAUUACAACAAAGAUGAGAGGAUGGUUCCUCUGAUGGAAAGGAUUGCCCUGGAGCUGGCUGACCGGGUGGCAAAGGUUAUAGAUAUCCGAACAUUAUACAGAAAUGGCACUGAGGAGGUCAAACAGAAGACAGAAGAAGCCAAGAAAAUGUUGAUUGUCUGGAAGGAUUCCUACUUUGAUGUGCGAGCAAAGAUUGAGCAGUCUGGACGAGACCAGAGAUGGGAGUUUGAUCGUAAGCGACUGUUUGAUCGGACUGAGUACAUGGCCGGCAUAUGUCAAGACCUGUACAAUGUGGCACAGGUCCUUGAGGAAUUCUACAACAUCUUUGGUCCAGAGUUGAAGGCAGUUACUGGUGACCCUAAAAGGAUUGAGGAUGUGCUAACAAGAGUUGAUGCCCUUGUUACGCCACUUGAAGAGGUGACCUUUGACCCCUUCAGUCAACAAGACCAGAAGCACUGGAAACGGGUGAUGGAGUCCUUCAACAAGGAGGUCCUUGCCAUCGAGGGAGAAGCCAAGAUGUUCAUUGAUGAAUCAUUCCAGUCUCUUCGUUCUGCUGAAGGAGCUUUCGACAUGUUGCUCAAUUUCAAACACAUCAGGUCGCGAGAAGCCAUUAACAACCAAAUGAUGCAGAAGUUUACUGACAUUUUGUCCCAGUAUAGCAAAGAGGUUGAGAUCAUGAACAACUUGUUCAGGAACUACAAUGAAAGUCCACCUCUGCACAAGAACAACCCUCCUGUGUCAGGCUCCAUCUUCUGGGAACGCUCACUCUUCCAUCGCAUCAAACACACAGUCAUCCGCUUCCAGUCCAUGGAAGACAUGAUGGCAUCAGAGAGGGGGAAGGCGUCUCGAGCCAACUACCUGCGUGUAGGCAAACAGAUGAAAACUUAUGAGGAACAGAAGUAUGAAAUGUGGAGGGAGACAGUGGAACAGGUGCUGCCAUCUCUGCUGAAACGGAAUCUGCUGGUGAAGCCAUCACAUCUACAGAGUCACCAGCUUCAUCUACAGCAUCAGCUGCAGCUUCAGCAGCAAGCUGUUCAUCAACAACAACAACAGCAGCAGCAGCAACAACAGGGUGGAGGUGAUGAGGGAGGGGAAGAUGGAACAGGUAAUGCCUUCCAUAUUAAGUACGUGGUGGACUUUGACCCCCAGCUGGCGGAGAUUGUGGCGGAGACACGCUACAUGGAGCAGCUAGGGUUCCCAGUGCCGGAGUUGGCACGGAGCGUAGCUCUCCAGGAGGAGAAGUACAUCAAGUAUGUAGAUGGACUGAAACAUAUGCUUAUCCGCUACCAUCUUCUCCUGGCAUCGCUGGACAAUGCUGAGUCUGCCCUAUUAGAAGAUCACCAGCGAGAGCUGCGGCGUUUUUUGCGACCAGGAUCCAAACGUCUCAACUGGAACUCCCUUGGUAUCAAUGACUACGUGCAGAAGUGCAUUUCUGCCAUUGCAAAGUUUGAGUCUCUAGUCAACCAGAUUCAGAAGAAUGCCCGUGACAUCAACCAGCGACUGUUGAUGAUAGAGAAUGCAAACCUCUACAAAGGGCCACCGCCACCAAAAGUCCAAGACCUCCUGCCAAGCUGCAAGGAGUUCUUUGAACAUAUUGAGCGUGAGCGAGGGAAGGACUUCGAGAUUCUGGCCAGGAAAUAUCGUGCAAUAGGUCCUCUGUUGACCAAGAUGGAGGGAUUAGUUGUCCACACAAACACUGGACGCUCCCCCAAACUUCAUCAGUAUUACUCCUACUGGGAGAAGAAGGUUUAUGAAGCUCUCACAAAGUUAAUCAACAAUAACCUGCGUCGGUUCAACGCAGCGUUAACAGGAGAGAAGGCUUUAUUCCAAGUUGACACACUUCUUGCUGCCCCUGAUGUGAUUCUUCACCCCCAGACCAACGAAGUCUACAAGCUAACACUGCAGUGUGUCCGCGACUGUGUGGAAGGGACAAAGAGUUUCGUGCGAUGGAUGAACGGCACCUGCAUCGAGACGGCGCCACAGAAGGUUGACGGAGAGGAUGAGCUGUUUGUGUUCAGCUUCUUUCAGGACAUCUCCCAGAACCCGGAGAUCAUUGAGUUGGUUCAGAUUCUGGCACAGAACAUCAAAAACACACUGACCAGUCUCCAGCGCUACCUCAACAGAUGGAAGAAGUACCGGAACAUCUGGAAACCCGAGAAGAUGCAGAUAGCAGAAAAGUGGUUCCAGAAGGGCCCCACAGUGGUAGCCUUCGAUGAGAAACUCCAGCACUACUUCAAGACAAUCGAGGAAGUGGCGACGUUGCCUGUCAUCAAAGAUCAAGAGUGUAUCCGGCUCCACAUGGAGCCGCUGUCUCGUGCUGUCAAAGAAAACGCCACCCAGUGGAUUGACUGUCUUGGCAAACUGUUACGAGACUCGGCUAAAGAAAGUCUGUAUGAACUUCAAGAUUCUUUAGAGACCAAGUCUGAUGAUCUGGAACGGACUCCAACAUCUCUUGAAGAUCUCAAGUAUGUUCUGUCCACCAUUAACGACAUCCGGACCAUGUCACUGGAUGUUGAGACGAAGAUCCGAGACAUCCAGGAGAGAUAUAGGACACUCAGUAUAUAUGACAUACAGGUAUCAGAUGAGGAGAAAGAAGUACAGCACAAGCUGCCACACAUCUGGGACGAGCUUGUCCUCAAGUCCAAGAAUGUGGAUGCCAGCCUUGUGGUGGUCAAGAAAAAGUUUACAGAGAUAACACAAGAACACAUCAAGGACUAUCGCAAGGCUCUGGAGGCAUUUGCUGAAAGAUUCCAUGCUGAGGGCCCUGGUGCUGUGGCUUAUGACCUUGACAAGGGUCUGGAGCUGAUGAAGACUCACAGGGAGGAAGUAGCCCAGUAUGAGGCUCAGAGGCAGGAGUUAGCUAACGCCGAGCGUCUCUUCGACCUGCCCAUCACCAUGUAUCCCGACCUGUUGCAGGUCCAGAAGGAGAUGAAGGGCUUUGAGCAGAUCUAUGCCCUGUAUGAAGAGCAGAAGGCUGCACGUGAGCAGUGGGCGGAGACGCUGUGGGCCAACCUGAAUGUACAGCUGCUGCAGGGUAUUGAAGGCUUCCUCAAGAGUCUCCGCAAACUCCCUCGCGAUGUUAAGUCCAUGCAGGUGGCCAGAGCUCUGGAGGAGAAGAUGAAGGAGUUCCGAGACUCACUACCAUUGUUUGUGGAUCUGAAACAUGAGGCACUCCGAGAGAGACAUUGGAAGGAACUGAUGUCAAAGACAGGUCAGAAGUUCGACAUCAAUCCUGAGACCUUCACCUUGGCUAAUGUAUUCUCCAUGGAGCUUCAUCGCUUCCAGGAAACAAUCCAAGAGAUUGUCACGUGUGCCAGCAAGGAAAUGGGCAUAGAAAAGGGUGUGAAAGAGGUCGAGGAGACCUGGAGCAACAUGAAGUUCACUGUGCAGGCCUACAUGAAGGGCACGUCACACCGAGGCUUCAUCUUGGGCUCCGUGGACGAUGUGCUGCAGAUACUGGACGACAGCGCCAUGAACCUGCAGAGCAUGUCCGCCUCACGAUUCAUCGGACCCUUCCUGAACUCUGUCCAGAACUGGGAGAAGAGUCUGUCUCACAUCUCUGAGGUUCUUGAUGUGUGGAUGGUGGUUCAGAGGAAGUGGAUGUACCUGGAAGGCAUCUUCAUCGGAGGUGACAUCAGAUCUCAACUCCCUGAAGAGGCCAAGAAGUUUGACCAGAUUGAUAAAACAUUCAAAAAGAUCAUGACAGAAACCCACAAAACCCCUCACAUCAAGCUGGCAUGCCACGCCCAGAACAGACUGUCGGACUUGCAGAACCUCAGCAUGGGACUGGAGAAAUGUCAGAAGUCUCUCAAUGAUUACCUGGACUCUAAGAGAAACGCCUUCCCAAGGUUCUUCUUUAUAUCAGAUGAUGAACUGCUCAGUAUCCUUGGUAGUAGCGACCCAGAGUGUGUGCAAGAACAUAUGAUCAAGAUGUUUGACAACAUUUCAGCCCUGAGGUUUGCAAAGGGCACCAACAAUGAAUCGACAGCUGCUGCCAUGAUUUCUGCUGAGGGUGAGACGAUGGAGUUCCGCAGCAGCAUUCCGGCAGAAGGUCGUGUUGAAGACUGGAUGACGGGUGUCCUGGAAGAGAUGAGGAGGACCAACAGACUCAUCACCAAGGAGGCCGUCUUCUUCUACUGCGAGAAGAAGACAAGAGUGGACUGGAUGAUGAACUACCAGGGCAUGGUGUGUCUGGCCGGCAACCAGGUCUGGUGGACCUGGGAGGUCGAGGACGUCUUCAGGAAAGUCAAGAAAGGGGCCAAGACAGCGCUGAAGGACUACGCCAAGAAGCUUCACAAGCAGAUCGAUGAACUUGUAGUGCAGGUGAGAUCACCUUUGUCCAAGAAUGACCGAAGCAAGUUCAACACAGUACUCAUCAUCGACGUACACGCCAGAGACAUCAUCGAUGGCUUUGUCAGAGACAGUAUCAUGGAUGCUCGUGAGUUUGAGUGGGAGUCUCAGCUUCGCUUCUACUGGGAGAAGGAACCCGAUGAACUGACAAUCAGACAGUGUACGGGGAUGUUUGGCUAUGGUUAUGAGUACAUGGGUCUCAAUGGCAGGCUGGUCAUCACCCCGCUCACUGACAGAAUCUACCUCACGCUUACACAGGCUCUGUCGAUGAAGCUGGGCGGGGCUCCAGCUGGCCCUGCUGGGACAGGGAAGACGGAGACUACCAAGGAUCUGGCCAAAGCUCUGGGACUGCUCUGUGUCGUCACAAACUGUGGAGAGGGUAUGGAUUACAAGGCUGUCGGCAAGAUCUUCUCUGGUCUGUGCCAGUGUGGAGCAUGGGGCUGUUUUGAUGAGUUCAACCGUAUCGAUGUAUCAGUAUUAUCAGUCAUCUCAACGCAGCUGAAGACAAUCCAGAAUGGCCUGCUACUCAACCUCAAGAGAUUCCAUUUUGAAGGUCAGGAGAUUGACCUGGACAGUCGUGUAGGCAUCUUUAUCACCAUGAACCCAGGUUACGCUGGACGUACAGAGCUCCCUGAGUCGGUCAAGGCAUUGUUCCGGCCAGUGGUGGUCAUCGUCCCUGACCUGCAGCAGAUCUGUGAAAUCAUGUUGUUUUCUGAGGGAUUCCUUCUUGCCAAGGUACUGGCCAAGAAGAUGACCGUGCUGUACAAGCUGGCCAAAGAGCAGCUGUCCAAGCAGUACCACUACGACUUCGGUCUCCGUGCUCUCAAGUCGGUGCUGGUGAUGGCGGGAGAGCUGAAGAGAGGGGCAGCUGAACUACAUGAGGAUGUUGUGCUGAUGAGAGCUCUGAGAGACAUGAACCUGCCCAAGUUUGUGUUUGAGGAUGUCCCCUUGUUCCUGGGCCUCAUCACUGACCUGUUCCCAGGGCUGGACUGCCCCAGAGUCAGGUACCCCAACUUCAACGAUGCUGUGGAGGGAGUGUUGGAGGAAAACAACUACGUCAUGUUGCCGCAGCAGGUUGACAAGGUGGUCCAGAUGUACGAGACGAUGUUAACUCGUCACACCACCAUGAUCGUAGGACCGACUGGCGGCGGGAAGUCUGUGGUCAUCAACACUCUGGCCCAGGCACAGACAAAACUGGGCCUGACGACCAAGAUGUUCACCAUCAACCCCAAGGACAGGAGCGUCAUAGAGCUGUAUGGAAUCCUUGAUCCUACCACCAGAGACUGGACUGAUGGUUUGUUGUCCAACAUCUUCCGAGACAUCAACAAACCUACCGACAAGAAUGAGAGGAAGUACAUAGUGUUUGACGGAGAUGUUGAUGCAUUGUGGGUAGAGAACAUGAAUUCAGUUAUGGACGACAACCGACUGCUGACUCUUGCUAAUGGAGAGAGAGUUCGUCUCCUCAAGCACUGUGCUCUACUGUUUGAGGUGUUUGAUCUUCAGUAUGCCUCCCCUGCCACAAUUUCCCGAUGUGGUAUGGUGUAUGUCGACCCAAAAAACCUUGGCUUCAAACCUUACUGGCAGAAGUGGGUCAAAAGCCGGCCGAACAAAACUGAGAGGGAUGAGCUGACUCGACUCUAUGACAAAUAUGUGCCCUGUCUCAUCGAUAUGGUGGUUGAAGGCAUUGUGGAUGGUAAACAACAAGAAAAACUCAAGACAAUUGUGCCACUUACAAAUCUGAAUAUGGUGACCCAGUUGUCGAUGAUGUUGAAUGCGCUGCUGGUGAAGGAGAUCCCUGACCCAGCAGAGCUGGAGGCCAUAUUCCUUACUGCGUUGUACUGGUCAAUUGGAGGCGGUCUGCUGGAAGAUGGGCGUAUCAAGUUUGACAACUACGUCAAGUAUCUGGCAUCUCUCAACAUGAUUUCUGACGAGAAUGCUAUGCCUGGACCAGGUGACCUGCCUUCCAACUCCAUGCUGUAUGAAUACUUCUGGGACACGGAGAAGAAGGGAUGGAUCCAGUGGUCCAAGUUGGUGCCCAAGUAUAUCCACAAUCCGGAGAAGAAGUUCAACGAGAUCCUCGUGCCUACUGUCGACACUGUCAGGUCAACGUGGCUGCUGGAACUAAUGGUGGGCAUCAAGAGACCAGUUGUCCUUUUUUUCCUUAUCCUGACUCAUGCUCUUUUUGCUUGUCUUCUUCUUCUUGCGAACAUAAGCACCUCUACCCAUCUCCUCCUGAACAUGAACUUCUCCAGUCGGACCACUUCCCUUGACGUCCAGCGAAACUUGGAGGCUAAUGUAGAGAAGAGGACGAAGGACACAUAUGGUCCUCCACCGGGCAAACGCCUCCUCAUCUUUAUUGAUGACAUGAACAUGCCACAGGUUGACACAUACGGCACCCAGCAACCCAUUGCUCUCCUCAAGCUUCUGUUGGAACGUGGUGGCAUCUAUGACCGCGGCAAAGACCUCAACUGGAAGAACAUGAAGGACAUCGGCUACAUUGCUGCCAUGGGCAAGGCAGGUGGAGGUCGUAACGAGACGGAUCCCCGGUUUGUGUCGCUGUUCAGUGUGUUCAACAUGACAUUCCCUGACGACGAGUCUCUGUAUCAUAUUUACAACUCUAUCCUCAGCGGUCACACGCAGCCGAUGAGCAAGGACAUCCAGGACCUGGUGUCCACCAUCACCAAGAUGACCAUGUCGCUCUACAGCUCCAUUGUAAAGGAACUUCCUCCCACACCUUCCAAGUUCCACUACAUCUUCAAUCUGCGAGACUUGUCUCGGAUCUACAGCGGCCUCUGUCUGUCGACACCCGACAGGUUCACCAAAGUCGACCAGUUUCUUCGUCUCUGGAGAAAUGAAUGCUUGAGAGUUAUCGGAGACAGGCUCAUCAGUGUUGUGGACAAGGAGCUAGUCAACAAAACACUGAAAAGCCUGCUGGAGGAAAACUUCAAGCCUGAGGUUGAGUAUGUGUUGAAAGAUCCCAUCCUGUAUGGCGAUUACCGCACAGCGUUGGACGAGGGAGAACCUCGGCUGUACGAAGAUGUUCAGGACUAUGAUGCUAGCAAGGCUCUCUUCCAGGAGAUUCUGGAAGAAUACAAUGAAAACAACACCCCUAUGAACCUCGUUCUCUUCGACGAUGCCCUUGACCACUUGACCCGUGUGCACCGUGUCCUGAGAAUGGACGGUGGUCAUGCUCUUCUGGUGGGUGUGGGCGGGUCUGGCAAGCAGAGCUUGUGUCGUCUAGCAUCCUAUGCUGCGGGAUGUGAGGUGUUUGAGAUAAAGCUGAGCCGAGGCUACAACGAGAGUUCCUUCCGUGACGAUCUGAAGAUCCUGUACAACAAGCUGGGGAUGGAAAACAAGAAAACAGUCUUCCUGUUUACUGACCAGCAUGUGGCGGAAGAAGGAUUUCUUGAGCUGAUCAACAACAUGUUGACAUCCGGCAUGGUGCCUGCAUUGUAUGCUGAUGAUGAAAAGGAAGGCAUCAUUGGAUCGGUACGGAAUGAGGCUCUGGCAGCUGGAUGUCCACAUGCAAGAGAAAGCAUCUGGCAGUUCUAUGUUAACAAAUGUGCCAACAAUCUCCACGUUGUCAUGGCAAUGUCACCAGUGGGUGACACACUGAGGACACGUUGCAGGAACUUCCCAGGAAUGGUAAACAACGCCAGUAUUGACUGGUUCUUCCCCUGGCCUGAGCAGGCUCUGUAUGCUGUGGCCAGUGUUUUCAUCUCACCAGAUCAUACUCUCAUCCCCGACAAUCAUCGUGAGGACGUGGUCAGCCAUAUUGUGUUGGUGCAUCAAAGUGUUGGAGAGUACAGCAAGAAGUUCCUGCAGCGUCUGAGACGUAACAACUACGUCACGCCCAAAAACUACCUGGACUUCAUCAACACCUAUCUUAAACUCCUAGAGGAGAAGGACAAGUUCAUCCUUGCACAGUGUGAGCGUCUGGCGGGAGGUCUGCAGAAGAUCGCAGAUGCCAGCGAGCAACUUGCCGUGCUCAAUGAGAAGUUGGCAGUGCAGAAGAUUGCUGUGACGGAGAAGACUGCUGCUUGUGAAGCACUUCUUGAGGAGAUCUCCUCUGGAACCAUCCAAGCCACGGAGAAGAAACAACUAGCUCAGAAGAAAGGGCAUGAGAUUGAAGAACAGAGCAAGAUCAUUGUUGUAGAGAAGAAAGAUGCUGAGGAUGCCCUGCAAGAGGCCCUGCCUGCCCUGGAGGCUGCCAGAUUUGCCCUGGAGGACCUGGAUAAGUCAGAUGUCACUGAGAUCAGGUCUUUUGCCAAGCCCCCAAAAGCUGUGCAGACAGUGUGUGAAUGUAUUGUGGUCCUCAAGGGUAUCCGAGAAGUGUCCUGGAAGUCGGCUAAAGGAAUGAUGUCAGAGGCCAACUUCUUGAGAACUCUGACAGAGUUGGAUGUGGACAACAUUGGUUCCAGACAGACCCAGGCUGUCAAAGGGCUGCUGAAGGACAUUGAUAUGAGCCCAGAUGACAUGAAGAACAUCAGUAAAGCUGGAUCCGGUCUACUCAAGUUCGUGGAGGCCGUCAUGGGCUACUGUGUGGUGGCCAGGGAGAUCAAGCCCAAGAGAGAAAAGGUGGCUAAGCUGGAGAGGACGUAUCACCAAGCCAAGCGAGACUUGGAUAAGAUCACAAAUGAGGUGAACUCCCUGGAGAAGCUGCUGAAUGCGCUGAACAAACAAUACGAGGAGGCGAUGGCCGAGAAGAAAGCCCUCUGUGAUGAGGCAGAGAUCAUGGAGAGGAGACUGAUUGCUGCUGAUAAGCUCAUAUCCGGUCUCGGCUCUGAGAACAUCAGAUGGACCAAGGACUUGGAGGAUCUGAAACAGAUGAGGAUCCGACUGUUGGGAGACUGUCUGGUUAGUUCCGCCUUCCUCAGUUAUGUUGGCGCCUUCAGCUGGGAGUUCCGCUAUGACCUCGUACACAAGGACUGGGUGAAUGACCUGCGUGACCGGGGAGUUCCUCUCAGUGACCCCUACAGGGUGGAAGACCUGCUGACCAAUGAUGUCGAGAUCAGCAAGUGGACAUCCGAGGGUCUGCCGCCAGAUGAACUGUCCAUCCAGAACGGUAUCCUGACCACUCGGGCUAGCCGCUUCCCCCUGUGUAUUGACCCCCAGCAACAAGCUCUCAAGUGGAUUAAGAAGAAGGAAGAGCCUCACAAUCUGAAGGUGUGCACGUUCAAUGACCCGGACUUCCUGAAGCAGCUGGAACUGGCUAUCAAAUAUGGUUUCCCCUUCCUCUUCCAAGAUGUGGAUGAAUACAUCGACCCUGUCAUUGACAAUGUCCUGGAGAAAAAUGUUAAAGGGGCCCAGGGCAGGGAGUUUGUGGUUCUUGGGGACAAGGAGGUAGACUAUGACCCCAAUUUCCGUCUGUAUCUCAACACCAAGCUGGCCAACCCCAAAUACGGACCUAACAUCUUCGGCAAGUCCAUGGUCAUCAACUACACUGUCACACUCAAGGGUCUGGAGGACCAGCUGCUGAGUGUCAUAGUCAAGUAUGAGAGGAAGGAACUUGAAGAGCAGAGGGAGAGACUCAUCCAGGAGACCAGGUCACGUGUCAACAAGCGUCUGCUGAAGGACCUGGAGGACUCACUGCUGAGGGAGCUGGCCACAUCCCAGGGCAACAUGCUGGAUAAUGUGGAGCUCGUCUCUACUCUGGAGGAAACCAAGUCCAAGGCCACAGAGGUUUCGGAGAAGCUGAAACUUGGAGCCAAGACAGCAAUCGAUAUCGAGAAACUGCGUGAUGGCUACAGGCCUGCUGCUAAGCGGGGAGCCAUCCUGUUCUUCGUCCUGGCGGAGAUGUCGCUUGUCAACACUAUGUACCAGUACUCGCUAGCGUCCUACCUCGAGGUGUUCGAGUUCUCACUGAGGAAGAGUCUCCCAGACUCCAUCUUGGUGAAGAGACUGAGGAACAUCAUGGACACUCUCACUCACAACGUCUACAACUACGGCUGUACAGGUAUAUUUGAGAAACACAAACUGCUGUUCUCAUUCCAAAUCACCAUCAAACUGGAACAAGACCAGAGCCAUGUUGCCCAAGAGGAGCUGGAUUUCUUCAUCAAGGGUAACAUCGCUCUAGAAAAAAGCAAGCGACGUAAGCCGUUCCCCUGGAUACCGGACGAGGGAUGGGAAGACUGCAACCGCCUGGUAGAGGUUUUGCCAGAGAAGUUUAGUACACUACUUGAUGAUAUUGAGAGAAACGAGAAGCUGUGGAAGAAGUGGUACGAUCAUGACACACCCGAAUCUCAAACAUUCCCUCUGAAAUAUGAAGAAUCUCUCACACACUUCCAACGUCUCAUGCUCCUGAGAUGUUUCCGAAUUGACCGUGUCUAUCGAGCUGUGACUGAGUUUGUUACCAAGGUGAUGGGCGAGAAAUAUGUGACUCCACCAAUCAUAAGCUUCGAGUCGAUCUUCGAGCAGAGCACACCAAUGUCACCGAUUGUGUUCAUCUUGAGCCCAGGGUCUGAUCCUGCUAGUGAUCUGAUGAAACUGGCGGAGAGAUUGGACUUUGGUACCAACAAACUGAAGUUCUUGUCCAUGGGUCAAGGUCAAGAGAAGGUGGCCCUUCAACUGUUGGAGACGGCUAUAGCUCGUGGUCAGUGGCUUAUGCUGCAGAACUGUCAUCUGCUGGUCAAGUGGCUUCGUGACCUGGAGAAACAGCUCGAGAAACUGAACAAACCUCACCCAGACUUCCGUCUGUGGUUGACCACGGAGCCAACACCAAGUUUCCCCAUUGGUAUUCUACAGAGGUCACUGAAGGUUGUGACGGAGCCUCCCAAUGGCCUGAAGCUGAACCUACGCAGUACGUAUCACAAGAUCCCAGUAGCGUCGCUGACAGAGUGCUCACAUCCUGCCUUCCCCUCGCUGGUCUUUGUACUGGGCUUCUUCCACGCUGUGGUGCAGGAGCGCAGGAAGUAUGGCAAGAUCGGGUGGAAUGUGUCAUAUGACUUCAACGAGUCAGACUUCCGAGUGUGCAUGCAGAUUCUCAACACGUACCUGAUGAAGGCCCAGGAACAGGGGGAUACCAAGAUACCCUGGGCCAGCUUGAAGUACCUCAUUGGAGAGGUGAUGUAUGGUGGUCGUGCUAUUGACGACUUUGACCGCCGCGUGCUUCGGACGUAUAUGGAUGAAUACAUGGGUGACUUCAUCUUUGAUACGUUCCAGCCAUUCCAUUUCUAUGUAGGAGAGGGUGUCGACUACAGGAUCCCUGAAGAUGGAUCCAGGGAUGUGUAUGUUGACUAUAUUGAGUCCUUACCUCUUGCGAACACACCAGAAGUGUUUGGUCUUCAUCCAAAUGCCGAGAUCGGCUACUACACCCAGGCUGCUCGUGACAUGUGGAGCCAUCUGGUGGAACUACAGCCUCAGACAGGUGAAAGUGGGGCUGGGAUAAGCCGAGAAGAGUUCAUCGACAAGAUUGCCUCUGAUGUUCACAACAGGCUGCCACAAGAAUUUGAACUGGACAAGAUUCGUAAGAAGUUUGGACUGGAUAUCUCUCCUACGACGGUGGUCUUACUACAAGAGUUGGAAAGAUUCAACAAGCUCAUCAACAGGAUGAGGAGAUCACUAGUCACUCUCAAAAGGGCCCUUGCUGGUGAGGUAGGCAUGAGCAGUGAGCUGGACGAUGUGUCUCGCUCUUUGUUCAACGGUCAGAUUCCCACCAUCUGGCGGAGACUGGCCCCCGAUACCCUCAAGUCCCUUGCCAACUGGAUGAUCCACUAUGAGAGGAGAUACAAGCAGUACAACGCAUGGGUGAACGAAGGCGAGCCCUCAGUGAUGUGGCUGUCAGGUCUACACAUACCGGAGUCCUAUCUCACGGCACUGGUACAGGCAACAUGUCGUAAGAACGGCUGGCCACUGGACAAGUCAACUCUGUACACCAGCGUCACGCAGUACCAGGCCGCAGAGGACGUCACAGAACGGGCACAUGCUGGUUGUUUCGUGUACGGCCUGUGUCUAGAGGGCGCUGCCUGGGACAAGGAGAACACCUGUCUCAUCCGUCAGAAACCCAAGCAGCUCAUUCAAGAACUACCUGUACUCAAGAUCAUCCCCAUCGAAGCUCAUCGGCUCAAGCUGCAGAACACAUUCCGAACGCCUGUGUAUGUGACCUCACAGAGGAGGAACGCUAUGGGUGUGGGGCUAGUAUUCGAGGCCGACCUUGCCACAUCAGAACACACCAGCCACUGGGUCCUCCAAGGAGCCUGCCUCAUCCUCAACACAGACUAGAUCACAACAUGCUCACAUCGAAAAUACCAGUCUUAGACGACUUUACAGCUUUGACUCUCCAUAUCUAUAUUCCAGUCGUUAGAACUGAAUGACUUUAGAUUGUACAUUUGAUAUAAAUAUGUGUAAUCAGUCAAAUGAAGUAUGUUAUCAUUUUCAUAUUUUGAAAUAACUUAUUGUAUAAACAUCUGCCAAAAACAGGAAAUAUUGUUCAGUAAGAUGUUGCAGUCUAAGAUUACAAAAGAGUCAUUAGAAAAGGUAUGUACGAAAAUGCCCAAAGCCUGAAGAGAUUAUUUUUUCACUGAAGUCAUCAGCAUUGAAUGUUACAUUGUCUGUAAUGAAAUAAGUAUUAAGGACUGUUGUUAUGAUGCUAGUUAGUGUCAUAGUGCUGUUUAAUGUCAGUGUUAUUUGAUUGGUUGUGUUCAGUAUUGUACAUAGCUUUAACAGUAAAGCAGUAUUGUAUAUUUCUUGUUACUGUGAAGCAGUAUUGUAUAUUUCUUGUUACUGUGAAGCAGUAUUGUAUAUUUCUCGUUAUUGUAAUAUUGUAGUAUUUAAAUGAUCUAUGUAUUAACAGACAUUAUCACUGAUGAGAUCACAGUUAUAUCCAUGAAAAUACAUUCCAAUUAAAUCUUAAAAGUAAUUUCCCAAAAUACAUGUAUUCCGUCCAAUAUCUUCAAACUGUCUAUUUAUUUUUGCACUUUUGUGCACAAAGCUUUAGCUGUGAUAAGUUAUUAAUGAUUUACUUAUUUAUAAUCACCCAAAGUAAGUCUGUAAAAGCAUUCAUUUAUCUUUAUCCUCAACUUUCCAUGCAAACAUGUUGAAACAUUCCGUCCAUGUUUAAAGCAAAGGUACCAAAUUUAUGGUAAAUUCUCAUCUAUGAAUAUUCUGCUACAGUAUAUUUCUCUAUAUUAUAGGGGGAUUGGUUUGAGAUUUUUUCCACCUAUCAAAACCCCCUCAAAUCAGAAUUUAUUGGCUUUUGAUGUUAUUUUGAAGAAAUGUACUGAAAUUCAGUGUUAUGGAUUCCUUUGAUUCAGAAUAAUAAGAACUCGCCUUGUGCCAAACAUUGCUAUCCAUUUGUCAUCAAGUUCACCUUGUGCGAUUUUCUGUUGAUAUUGAAACUGUUGUGUUUUGUGCUUUUGUGUUAUACAUCUCACAUUAAAAUGUGUUUUAUUUUGUAUGAAGAAAAAGAAAACCUAAAAAAGAAUGAAUGAAAAUAAAAUGAAAAUGAAAUGA